AUGUCUGGAGGUAAGGUAGGUAGGGUGGAGGGUGUGGGUUGGUUGGGGGGCAGAUGCGAUCUCGAAAAGCGUGGUCGGGACUGGGGCGGAUGGCGACAAGCGGCAAUGCCUCGAAGCGUGGACGGGCCAGCACGUUUUUCAAAGCAGCCAGCAUCUGGUGCAGAGUGGAAAGCUGGGGCGGGUGCGCGCGUGGGUGGAGCGCGAGGGCCCAAAGGGGUGUGCGGCAUUGGCUGGCAUGGGGUGGAAUUGAUGGGCCCACCGAGCCUACCUCAAAAGAUGGGUCCUCUUCAGCCACAUGGUGUCUUCCGUGCGCUGGGUUCCCGCCGAAAACGGCAGGAGCUCAAGUCACAGAGCCAAGGCGGCCACCAAGGCGUGCAGGGACCUGGGAUGACCUUACACGAGCAGGAGGAGGUUGCGACCCGUCGUGGGCUCGCGUUCCACCUCCCGGCGGUGUGUGGGGGUUGCAGCGACAUGAUGGUGGCCUCGGUGGGUGCCCUGGGCUGCCCGGGCUUAGGUCCAUACCUAGGGCUCAACCAUCCCUUUUUGAGUUCGGCUGUUUUCCGUCCAGUGCUGGUCAGUUAUCGCCUGUCGCGAGUUGACCCGUGCGCCUUACAUAGUACUAGGUAG